GGGACCCACCCACCCGUCCCCCCUCCGUAAAUGACGCCUAUGCUAUUGUGUAUAGUUUUUUGUCCAUGUUUUAAUUUAGUAAACCUCUCUUGUGUAGACAAACAAAAGUUGUUACAUUUUAUCGGAUUGCAUUUUCAAAAAUACAUUUUUGUAUUCAACCACAGAAUCCAGACCAGUUAUUUAAUAUCGUAUAUGAAACCGUUUUCUGAGACGAUAAUCAUACCGUGAAAAUCUCAUACCGUUACUUACAACCCUCACCUGCACUCUGGCUGUAGCGACAGUCAGUGCAUAUUACAGACACUGGAACUAUUCAUCCAGGCCACUGUGUGGCGCUCGGGUCUGGCCAGCCGAUAGAGAUAACACAACACGAAAGACCGGCAACACAGACGUUGCCAAACACUGAACACACGCGAGUAUGAAUGUAACAAACAAAACGAAAAUAAAAAGAAACAAAAGACAACUUGGAUAACUGUUGUUUUACGCAUGCGUGCAUUUCUUUCAUCGAUGGAAAUUGAGUGGAUAUGUUUGGGUGUGUGAAAACCAGCGUGCUAAUCGACCCAGCAGGGAACGAGCAAUUACAUCAUCAGUGAAGCCCCUCCCACUGGAGUUCAGCAAUAAAUGCUGUAAAUUCCCAUCAGCUACAAGUGGAGACGAUCAUCAGAGCAUCAGGAAGAGCUGAAAUCUGCAAAGACUGAGUUUAUUAAAGAGGACAGUGAGAACAUGAGUGAUCCAGAACCCUGCAGAAUGAAACACACUGAAGAUCCUGAAGAACAAAGAGAACUGAGUGAAGUGAAGGAGGAACGUCAUGUCAAACCUGGAGAAAAACCUUUGAGUCGCUUAAAAUCUAAACAGACUUUUUUAAAGAAAAGAAGAGCCAAAAAAUCUUUCACCUGCACUCAGUGUGGAAAGAGUUACACAACCAAACACUAUAUGGAUGUUCACAUGAGGAUCCACACUGGAGAGAAGCCGUUCACAUGUAAUCAUUGUGGGAAGAGUUUCAGUUAUUUAUCAUCCCUUAAUUUUCACAUGAUGCUCCACACCGGAGAGAAGCCGUUCUCAUGUGAUCACUGUGGAAAGACAUUUAUCAGGGCAUCAGUCAUGAAGAGACACCUGACAGUUCAUACGAAGGAGAAGCCACAUUCAUGUUCUGUGUGUGGAAAGAGUUUUUCACAGCUGUCUAGUUUACAUAAACAUGGGAAAAUACACACUGGUGUGAGAGAGUACAUGUGCUUUGAGUGUGAGAAGACUUUUAUUACAGCUGAUCAUUUAAAACAACACCAGAUGAUCCACACUGGAGAAAAACCUUACAAGUGUUCACACUGCGACAAGAGAUUCAGUCGGUCAUCACGUCUGAAAAGACAUGAGAUGAUCCACACUGGAGAAAAACCUUACAAGUGUUCACACUGUGACAAGAGAUUCAGUCGGUCAUCACGUCUGAAAACACAUGAGUGGAUCCACACUGGAGAAAAACCUUACAAGUGUUCACACUGUGACAAGAGAUUCAGUCGAUUAGGAAGUCUUAAAACACAUGAGAUGAUCCACACUGGAGAAAAACCUUACAAGUGUUCACAAUGUGACAAGAGAUUCGGUGUUUCAUCACAUCUGAAAAUACAUCAGAGGAUUCACACUGGAGAAAAACCUUACAAGUGUUCACACUGUGACAAGAGAUUCAGUCACUCAUCAUCUAUGAAAAUACAUGAGAAGAUCCACACUGGAGAAAAACCUUACAAGUGUUCACACUGCGACAAGAGAUUCAGUCAAUUAGGAAAUCUGGAAAAACACCAGAAGAUCCACACUGGAGAAAAACCUUACAAGUGUUCACACUGUGACAAGAGAUUCAGUCGAUUAGAAAGUCUUAAAACACAUGAGAGGAUCCACACUGGAGAAAAACCUUACAAGUGUUCACAAUGUGACAAGAGAUUCGGUGUUUCAUCACAUCUGAAAAUACAUCAGAGGAUUCACACCGGAGAAAAACCUUACAAGUGUUCACACUGCGACAAGAGAUUCAGUCACUCAUCAUCUAUGAAAAUACAUGAGAAGAUCCACACUGGAGAAAAACUUAACGAAUGUUCACACUGUGAGAAGAGAUUUAAUCUGUCGGCAGAUCUGAAAAAACAUGAGAAGAUCCACACUGGAGAAAAACCUUACAAGUGUUCACACUGUGACAAGAGAUUCAGUCACUCAUCAGAUCUGAAAACACAUGAGAGGAUCCACACUGGAGAAAAACCUUACAAGUGUUCACACUGUGACAAGAGAUUCCGUCAGUCAACAAAUCUGAAAUCACAUGAGAGGAUCCACACUGGAGAAAAACCUUACAAGUGUUCACACUGUGACAAGAGAUUCAGUCACUCAUCAUCUAUGAAAACACAUGAGAGGAUCCACACUGGAGAAAAACCUUACAAGUGUUCACACUGUGAUAAGAGAUACAGUGAUUUAUCAUAUCUGAAAAGACAUGAGAAGAUCCACAGCAGAGAGUAGCCGCACACGUGUGAUCAGUGUGGAAAGAGUUUCUCUUUUAAAGCCUGAAACGUCACAUGAAGAUCCAUACAGUGGAGAAACCUUAUCACUACAGUCUGAGAUCAUAGUAAGUAGUUCAUCUUUAUGUGCUGAGAAACAAAAGCAGCUUUUCUACCUUCGAAAAAGGCUCCACUUGUGUUUCCACUUGAGCCUGGUGCGACACGGCACAAUUACAAACCCUUCUCGGCCCUGAACUCUUAGCACACUUGGCUAACCGUGAACCGUGAAGGAAGAAUGUGUGUAGUGACAUCGCCACUCAGGAUUGGUCACUUGUCUGUUGCCUGGUUACCAGUUUCUCUGUAGCUAAGCGACAUAAAAUCAAUUUGAGAGAUGUAAACACAAAUUUAUAAUAAAAUUAAAAUAUCAUGGUUCCUGUGUUUACCAACAUUAUUAUUUUUCA